CUCGCGAGAUUUGUGACACCGUGCUAUAAAGUCACGUGAUAUUUGUGACAUUGUGCUAUAAAGUCAGGGCCUGGGAGCUUGGACUUUACUUUGUGUAGGGAUAUCUCACAUAUCAAAGAUGUUGAAGAUCGCUGUGGUCCUUGGGUUACUGGCUGUGGCCUCAUGUGUCAGUCUAGACGCCGAGUGGUCCAACUUCAAGGCCACAUACAGGAAGGUGUACAAGAACCCAAGGGAGGAAAUCACAAGACGCCAAAUCUGGGAGAACCACCUAGCCUACAUCCAACAGCACAACGCCGCCUAUGAGAGGGGCGAGUUUGGAUUUUUUCUCGGGGAGAACGAAUAUGCUGACAUGACUAACGAGGAAUUUGUCAAGACCAUGAACGGGUACCGCUACGAGGAGAGGCGGAACUUCAGCAAUCUUGUGCAUGUGGCUAGAAACGUUGAGGACCUACCUGCAGAGGUGGAUUGGAGAACCAAGGGCUACGUCACUGACGUCAAGAAUCAGGGCCAGUGCGGCUCCUGCUGGGCGUUCUCCUCCACCGGCUCCCUGGAGGGCCAGCACUUCAAGAAAACUGGCACCCUCACGUCCCUCUCAGAACAGAACCUGGUCGACUGCUCCCAAAAACAAGGUAACCAAGGCUGCAAUGGCGGUUUGAUGGACCAGGCUUUCACCUACAUUAAAGUCAACAACGGUAUCGAUACCGAAACCUCAUACCCCUACGAGGGCGUUGACGACAAGUGCCGCUUCAAUACCGCCAACGUUGGCGCUGAGGAUACCGGAUUUGUUGACGUCAAGUCCAAGGACGAGGGCGCUCUACAGGACGCAGUGGCCAAUGUUGGCCCCAUCUCGGUGGCCAUCGACGCUAGUCACGCUAGUUUCCAGCUGUACAGCGGUGGAGUGUACCACAGCAUUUUGUGUAGUCAGAACCGACUUGACCACGGUGUGCUCGCUGUCGGCUACGGCAACUAUCAGGGCAAGGACUACUGGCUCGUCAAGAACAGCUGGGGUGACACCUGGGGACUGAAAGGCUACAUCAUGAUGUCCAGAAACAAGGACAACAACUGCGGCAUUGCCACAUCUGCUAGUUACCCAACGGUUUAGGGGAGACAACACACGAUUUUCACGGACAAAAGGGAGGAAACACACGCACAAUCUUUGGCAACACACUUAAGUCUAAUCAGUACACAUAAACAUGA